AGGUUGGGCCUGUUCAUUGGUUGAAACCACACUCAGAUUCCCCUUGCGAAAUUAUCUGAUUGAAAAUCAGGGAGGGGAGAAAAGAAACAGCAACAAGUGUGUGAUGGUUUUACGCUGCUUUGCUUUUCUGACUUUUAGGAAAGGAUUUAGCGACACAUUUUCCUCCGCUGAGCCGAUUCACGUUAAGAGACGAAGGAAUUUCUAUUUAUUACGCAGUUUCAUUUCGACGGGAACCUGUUCGUUUAACGGAUCAACAUGCCCCGGUCAUUUCUGGUGAAAAACAAAAGGUGCACGUCCUAUAAUGUUCAUCGAUCAUAUGAAGAAGAGGAGCCCAAGGCCCCAAUAUCUCCAGAAGUCCCACCAGCAGCUCAGAACACAGACCCUUCAGACAGGCCUCAGUCCGAGGGGCAGUUUUCACCUCCACCGGACCGCUGUUCAUUUGAGAAGGAGGAGGUAGAGCUUGUGUGUCCCUUACCUGUCCAUCCAGAGCCAACCAGACCUCCUGCAGCUCCCACGCAGCCAUACUUCCUAACUGAGCCUCACAUGGCAGAAUUUGCCCCAUACUACAAGCCGACAUAUGCUUGGGAGCCGGUGCCUUCCUCCUGCGAGCUCCGUCAGAUGAGCUUCAGCCCCACAGUGCUGCAGCACGCCAGCAGUCUGUACGGCACCCACAUCAGCCGCAGUCCACAGCCUCAGCAGCCUCUGGACUGCAGCACGCACUACUCCCCCACCUCUAACACCUACCACUGUAUCACCUGUGACAAGGUGUUCUCAACGCCCCACGGACUGGAGGUUCACGUCAGGAGGUCGCACAGUGGAACGAGACCUUUCGGCUGCAGCAUCUGCAGAAAAACCUUUGGUCACGCCGUCAGUCUGGAGCAACACAUGAACGUCCACUCUCAGGAAAAAAGCUUCGAGUGCAAGAUGUGUGGGAAAUCGUUCAAGCGCUCCUCCACUCUCUCCACACACCUGCUCAUCCACUCGGACACGAGGCCUUACCCCUGCCAGUACUGCGGCAAGAGGUUCCACCAGAAGUCCGACAUGAAGAAACACACAUACAUUCACACUGGUGAAAAGCCCCACAAAUGCCAAGUGUGCGGCAAAGCCUUCAGCCAAAGCUCCAACCUGAUCACCCACAGCAGGAAACACACAGGCUUCAAGCCGUUCGGAUGUGAUAUUUGUUCCAAGGGCUUCCAGCGUAAGGUAGAUCUCCGCAGGCACCACGAGAGCCAGCAUGGUAUGAAGUGAAAGCCAAACUCAACAGCAGCAAGUGUUUGUACAUAUACAAUAAAAUCCUGUUAAAACUAUAUGAUAUUAAUGUAAGUUAAAUAUCUGUUAAUAAUAUCUGUCUGGAUUGUAGUUACAGAUAAAGUACAAGAAAAAGGAAGCUGUGAAAUCAAAUUCUCACUGAAGGCAAUUAACUGGAGUUGAGUAGUUCAGUAAAAUGUAUUUAGUUAAUAUAUUGGAAGUUGUCUUUCAAAGAUGCUUUUACAUGUGGAUGAAUGGGAGAUUUGUCGAUGUCAUUUAUGUUGAAAUCUGCUUUUGGUUUCAAAUAGUUAAUUUAAAACAUGUUUAAUGUAAACCAGGCAAGCUUGUGAGUUGAGAAAUGCUAUCAUUUGACAAUAAAGGGUAAACUGAGUAAUAAAA